CCUCUUCAAUUAUUAUUUUAUAAUAAUAAUAAUAAUCAGCCUUCAAUAAUCGUGCUAUAUAAAACGAAGGUGCGAAUUACUUGCAGCGAUGAAUCUGAAUAUGAGCUCGGCGGAAUCGCUGUUGGCGCAAAUCCAAGGGCUAUCGAGCAGCAUCGCCGACUUAACUCACCUCCGCAACUACUUGAAACAGUCCGAUGAUUUGCUGCGCACUGAGUCGACUCGGCUCGUCCCUCUCCUCAACGAACUCGAUCCGUCGAUACACUCCCUUGGCUACCUCUACAUUUUGGAUGCAUGCACAGCCGCUCCAAUUUCAAAAGAGCAAGCCAAUGAACUUGUGAUUACUGUAGCUAGGUUUAUCAAUGUGUGUGCUGCAGAGCAAAUUCGUUUGGCGCCCGAUAAAUUUAUAUCUGUUUGUAAGAGGUUAAAGGAGCAAGUUAUGUUGCUUCAAGAUCCCAUGCGUGGCGUGGCUCCAUUAUUGACAGCUAUACGCAAGCUUCAAACGUCCACUGAACAGUUGACAACUCUACAUCCCGACUUUGUUCUUCUCUGUUUACUUUCAAAGUGCUAUAAAACAGGUUUUUCCAUUUUGGAGAACGACAUAUUUGAGGUUGAUCAACCUCGUGAUCUUUUCCUCUAUUGUUAUUAUGGGGGUAUGAUUUGCAUAGGACAAAAGCAGUUUAGAAAAGCUUUGGAGCUCCUACACAAUGUUGUAACUGCUCCUAUGGCCAUUGUUAGUGCUAUAGCAGUUGAAGCAUACAAAAAAUACAUUCUGGUUUCUCUCAUUCAUCACGGACAGUUCUCGACCAGUUUCCCCAAGUAUGCUUCUCAAGCUGCUCAAAGGAAUCUGAAAAACUUUUCUCAGGCCUACCUUGAUUUGGUAAAUAGCUAUAGUACUGGCAAAGUAUCAGAACUUGAGACAUGUGUGCGGGCAAACACUGAGAAGUUUGAAAGUGACAAGAAUCUUGGGUUAGUGAAGCAAGUAGUGUCUUCAAUGUAUAAACGCAAUAUUCAGAGGUUAACUCAGACAUACCUGACUCUCUCCCUCCAAGACAUUGCUAAUACUGUCCAAUUAGAUAGCCCCAAAGCGGCCGAGAUGCAUGUACUUCAGAUGAUUCAAGCUGGUGAAAUUUAUGCUACGAUUAACCAAAAGGAUGGAAUGGUUAGAUUCCUCGAGGAUCCUGAACAAUACAAAACGUGUGAGAUGAUUGAACGCAUCGACUUCUCAAUCCAGAGGAUAAUGAUGCUCUCGAAGAAGCUUACAGGCAUGAAUGAAACAAUGUCAUUUGAUCCUUCUUACCUAGGAAAGGUUGGAAGGGAGCGCCAAAGAUUUGAUUUUGAUGAUUAUGAUGUUCCUUCGAAGUUCAACAUAUGAGUAGUUAGUAGUUACAACCGAAAUAUGCAUCGUUCUGUGUUAUGGCAUUUGAUCCAAGUUGUGAAUUUUGAUAGGAGGAAAAAACUUGUUUACGUUUCUCGUUUGGUGGACGAUAAUACACACUCUCGAAGUUUUACUUUUGGUGAAAAAUAUUCGCACACAGCUUCAUGCUUCUGGUGAGAGAUGAGUGAGGGAGUAAACUUUGUAAAGCUCUAAAUAUUAGUUUUAGUUUAUUAAUUCACCAGGGACUAAUGCCAUGUCUCUCUUUGAAGGGUUGAUUUGUCAUGAAAUGAUGUGUUUAUUGUUUCAAUUAAUUUUACUACAUAUUAACAUAU